AUGGCGGCAUCUGAGGGCCUGAAACCCCCUCCGGAGAUGGGCAAGACUGACCCUGGGGCACAUCAACUAUCUGAGCCAGAGUCCUCAGAUUCCGACGAUCAGUUCACAGAUGCUCAGUCCGGGACCGCAACACCACAUGUAACUUCUCCCGUGCCGAAACCACGAGCUGAGAAUGUCGAUUCAAGUUCCUCUCCCGUCAAGGUUCCAGCCGCGGAGACAAAAGAGAAGAUGGAUGCCGAUGCAAAAUCAGAAGAAAUUGCCCAGCAAGAUGAUCCUGAGACCGAAAUACCGACCGAGGUAUCUAAACAGGAAGUACCUGUUACCGUAUUGGAGCCGGUUGACUCAGUUGAUGCCCCGCAGCGCUUUUCAAGUACUGAUGUCAAGCCGGACGUUGAGAUUGCGGCGGGUGAUGAACAUGCUGAACAUGGAGGCGACGAGAACGCGGACGAAGAUGAUGGGGACGGUUUCGGGGAUGAUUUCGAAGACUUCGAAGAAGGAGGACAGGAUAAUGAUUUUGAUGAGUUUGAGGACGGCUUUCAACAACCACAACCAACAGCAGCAGCUACACAAGCUCCGCCCACGGUUCAGCCAUCCAUACUACCAUUUUCGAUACCCGAUUUCGACGGCUUAGGGCCGGAUGAAGUAAUGUCGACAGCCGAGCCAUGCUUGGACAGCGUGUUUCCCCCCGGGGAGCUAGGCUUCCCUCCUCCGCAGACACUCCCCCAAGAGUCAUCCAUAUUCCUCACUCCAAGAUCGGCCUCACUCUGGUCUCAGCUGGUCGCUCCUCCCCCUCUUGCGCCACCUGACUGGAUUCGGUCUCGCACUCGCCGUCUCUUCCUCGUUUCACUAGGUGUGCCUGUAGAUUUGGAUGAAAUUCUUCCAGCAUCCAAGCAGAAGAAGCUGGUUCUUCCUUCUCUCAAUAUACGGGCCACGUCACCUAGGAGGUCGAGCGAUUCAAGGUCCGCAUCCAGGUUACAACAGAGCGAAGGAAACGCUUCAUCAACAUCAGUAGAUACGGAGGGCAAGCCCAGGGGCUCCAAAAAGAGGAAAGGACCGCCUCCCCAGCCCGAGCUGGAUUUGGUUGCCGCCCGAUACCUCUGCAUGACGACGGACGAGGCACUGGAUGGCAUGACGAAUGAAGAAUUAAAGGCGCAUGUUUCUAAACUAGAAGCCAUGCAAGGAACAGCCAACGAAAUCCUGGAAUACUGGAAGAAACGAACAGACGAGAAGAUAGGCGAUAGGGAAGCGUUUGAAGGCGUUAUAGAAAACUUGGUCAAGCAUGCACGGAAAGUGAGGAAAUAA